AUGUAUCUCCAAAAGAAGUUCUUGAACUUCAAUAUAACAGGUCUUCUAGGGUCUGGGAGCUAUGGAGACGUGGUUUCAGCUAUUGACAGCAUAACUAGUAUGAAAGUAGCAAUAAAGUUUAUCAGAAAGGAUGUGGAUCGAUGGAAACAUGGUCUUGAGCCAAAGAUUCAGCAAAUUCUGAACCACAAGAACAUAUGUAAGCUCUAUGGAUAUAUCAAUACGUCAAGGAACCUGGUACUGGUGUUGGAGCUAGUAAACGGCAUGGAUCUUCAUAAGUAUAUUAGAAGAUAUGGAAAGCUUGAGGAAGACCAUGCUAGAGCCUUGUUUGUCCAGAUACUACAUGGGGUAGAUUACCUGCAUACCCAUUCUAUUGUCCAUCGGGAUCUGAAGCUAGAAAACAUCAUUGUACACGAAGAGACUGCUAAGAUAUGUGACUUUGGUCUUUCUACAUUCUAUGACAGACACUCUGUGCUCAAGGACUACUGCGGAACUCCUCAGUGUGCGCCCCCGGAAAUCAUGAGGGGAAUCCCGUACAUUGGGCCGGAGGUCGACGUCUGGUGCCUAGGAAUAAUCCUCUAUGCAAUGGUCCAUGGGAAGCUUCCGUUUGAGAAUGAGGAGAUUGGCCUUUCCAGUAGACAUGAAAUCAUAUCCAAAGUAGAGAUAGAUGAAUCCUUGUCUAAUGAGCUGAAGGAUCUAAUAAGAAAGAUCAUUGAGCCUGAUAAGUCUAUGAGGAUAGAGAUGGACCAAUUGAUGAGGCAUCCUUGGGUAGGUACUACAAGAGAGAACCAUAGAAAAAGCAUAGUGUUUGUUGACUAUAAUGUUAUUGAAAGGUUGGUUGAGAUAGGAUUCAAAAAAGAAGAAGUCCUCAGGAAUAUUCCCGACAGGAGCUCAAAGGAGUAUUCAGCGUACUGCCUGGUUAGCAGGAGCCCAUCAUCGCUGUCGAGACACCACCUGACAGCACCCGGAAGUAUCCAGCAGUGCCGCCCUUACAACAUUGUUGAUCUUAACUUCAUAACCGAUGAGGAGACAAUUUCGAAUCAUCAGAGGAGGAUGUGGAAGCAUGAGAUACUUCGUGGAAUGAGCUCUGUGAGGGACGGGUGCCUUUUCUCCCUCUUAUGGAGCAGGAGAAAGAUCUAUCUUGUGAACAAAGAUAUGAAUCUAAGUCUGGCGAUAUCUAGAUCUCUUAUCGAGAGUUCUCUGGCUACGUUUCCAAAGAUAACCUUUAGAAAGAAGUCUAGGUAUGUUGUCCGCCAUACUAGUGGAUUGGUGGUAAACCUGGAGCUUACUGAGAAGCACCCGUUCACCACAUGCACAUUCACACUUGUAGGGGGAAAUAAGAUAGAGUUCGUCAACUUUGUGAUGGACUUUAUCGGGUUUACCAGCCAGGAAAAUAAAGAAAGGCAUAUCUGGGUAUGA